UGGGGGGGGGGUGAGGCGAGGGGCUGCUUAAUAGACAGGCAAGGAUCCAGGGCCGCGGCAGGAGGAGGCCUGCUGUGAUUAAUAAUAACCUAUGCCACCUUCGUUCCUAGUCCAUUAAUAAAAGAACCAUGGUGCUAUGGAAAGGAAUUUAUUUUGUACUUGCACUAUUUUUGGGAAGUUUUUUUGGAAGCAUCUUCAUGCUUGGUCCCCUACUGCCACUGAUGUCUAUUUCCCCAGCUUGGUAUCGCUGGCUUACUGAUCGUGUUGUGGCCACUUGGUUUACACUUCCAGUGGCCCUGCUGGAGAUAGUGUUUGGGUCAAAAGUAGUCAUAACAGGUGAUGGAUUCAUCCCCGGAGAAAGAAGUGUCAUAAUCAUGAAUCAUCGAACACGAAUGGAUUGGAUGUUUUUAUGGAGUUGUUUGCUGAGAUAUAGCUACCUCCGACUUGAAAAAAUCUGCCUCAAAUCUACUCUCAAAGUCAUUCCGGGAUUUGGUUGGGCCAUGCAGGUUGCUGCCUUCAUUUUCAUUCAGAGGAAAUGGGAAGAAGACAAACAUCAUUUUGGAAAUAUGCUGGAUUAUUUUUGUGAUAUCCAUGAACCACUACAGCUUCUCAUUUUUCCUGAAGGAACUGAUCUCACAGAUGAAACUAAAGCCCGUAGUGAUACAUUUGCUGAAAAAAAUGGACUUCAGAAGUAUGAAUAUGUCUUGCACCCAAGAACUACAGGCUUCACUUUUAUAGUGGAUCGUUUAAGAGAUGGUAAUAACCUUGAUGCUGUUCAUGACAUAACAGUGGCAUAUCCUCAAAACAUUCCACAAACUGAGAAACAUCUUCUGUGUGGAAAUUUUCCCAAGGAAAUUCAUUUUCACGUCUGCAGAUACUCUGUAGAAUCCCUGCCAACCUCUCGGGAAGACUUGCAACUCUGGUGUCAGAAGCGCUGGGAAGAAAAAGAAAAACGGCUGCGCCAGUUCUAUGAAGGCAAAAAAUACUUUGAUGUGUCAGGGAGAAGCAAAAUCCCACCCUGUAAAUCUGAGCUCAGGGUCUUGGUUGUUAAGUGCAUUUCCCUCUUGUACUGGACAUUUUUCACAUUCUCUGCGAUUGCACUGUUAUACAUGUACAGCUUUGUAAGAUGGUAUUUUGUGAUUGUAGUUGUCAUUUUCACUGUGCAAGAAAAGCUGUUUGGUGGACUUGAAUUGAUAGAACUUGCAUGUCAUCAAUUUUUUAAUAGACGCAGGUUAUCCAACGUAAACAGAUGUUAAAUUUAUCUGGUGUAUGUACUGAUUGGAUGGGUGAUGUUUGUGAGCACUUUUCAGAUGUGCCAUAAAUUUUUCAUAGUGGAAGGAGAUUUUUGCAUGGAAAUUAAUAUUUCUUAAUGCUGUUUUGGUUAAUGCACCAUACUCUUCUUGUAAAGGACAAAAGUUCAUAUUGAAUUUUUAAUUUUUGAAUGUAUCAAUGUUCCUUUUGCAGUUAGCCUCUGCAGCAUCGCUGGAAAAGCAUUUGCUGAUCGAUCAAAGUUUAUAUCCAUUGAAUUGUUUAAAUACAUAGCUCUAAAUUGCUGGGCAAAUUAGGGAACUAAAAGUCAUGGACUGUGAUUCUUACAGUGCCUUGCUAUAAAUAAUGUGUGAGAUUUGAAAGUCCCAGUUUAUUACACGAUUAAUAGUUGACUAACUUCAGUUCUCUACCUUUAUACCUUACACAGAGUUAAAUGACUGAUGCAGUUAUUGUCAUCCAAAUCAACAAAUGUUUUGAUCUACUGAAAGAGAAAACUAAUCCCAGGACCUGAAGUUGGAUGAAUGAAGAUAAGUCUGUUUAAAAAAAACUUGUGCUAUUUUGAAA